AUGCGUCAUAAAGGCAAAGACAAGGAACUUCCCCCAUCGUUACCUCCCUUAUCGUUUACCCCAGCUGAACUAGGAUAUGGCACCAUCGAUUGGCCAUCCCCUGAGCCCGUGUCACCAAACCCUGGUCCUUCAUCAUACGGAUCAGGUCACACUUCUCUUCUCAGUACCGCCCAGAGUCCAUUUCCAUCGAUCCAAUCUCCUGACGCGCAUCCGGAUAGCCGCCCGGGUGUGACAGAGGACUCGCGUAUUCUGACACGCAUGCCUUCGCGCAGGCGCUCUCUCUCUAGCCUUUCUGUGCAGUCAACACGUUCGUUAGCCGCACGCUCCAUGUCACGAAUAAAGACAAAAUUCAACGGACCUAGGAGCCCUGGCAGUUUCGCUCGCAAACUCUUCUCAAAAGCCAGGCCAGAGUCAGCGUCAACAAGUCCCGUCGAAAUCGGACCCAGCGUGGGGCUAACAGCAGAUCCCAACCUUGGAGAUUUGGCCAUAGUUGGUCAGGGCAGCUGCUUCCUACCGUGGAGGACCGAUUAUAAGCGAAGUACACCUCUUCCUCCUUACCUGAGCGUUAAUGCAGAUGGUGUCUUGAGCACGGACAAUGCUCUCCUUUAUCACCCGCCUCAGUAUCCAGAUGGCGCCAAUCUGAAGGGAAAAGGACGCUCUUAUUCAUCGCCCUUCCCCACAUCUGUCCUUGACAUUGUUCCGGCUGUUCCUGACGAAACCUUUGUCCCAUUGCCUAUCGUAGUGCACAACUCAUUCGACGAAACUUUACCCCGGGAGCUGAAAUUGCAUAUACUUUCUUUCGUCGUAUCCUUAUACCACGAAGACCACGAACGUAAGAAAAGCACCGGGUCUUGGACCGCGAACAAGGCUUCUUCCUCUAAAAAUAAAUGGGUAGGUAGAGACAGGGGCAUGCGAGAACUUGUGAAAUUGAGUAGGGUUUCGAAGGCGUGGCAGGCCCUCGUCUUUGACGGUCAGCUAUGGAUGGAUGUCAAUCUACGAUCAUUCCCGAAACUGCCUACGGCUCUCCUCUUGCGUCUCUCAGAGACACCUGGGGCUUUCGUAAAGAAAAUCGACCUGACGGGUCAUGUAUAUCUGUCGCCCUCUACCAUGCUUAACUUGACGAACAAUCUAUGUUCUGGGCCAGAGUCUUCUGAUUCCCCGUACACCCAACUUAUUGAUGUCAACCUUCAAGGCUGUUCAGCGCUGACAUCACAGUCCUUGCACAAUCUCAUCAUCCACUCUCCUUUCUUGCGCAAUCUAUGUCUCAAAGGCCUGGAGGCGGUCACCAAUGUGACAUGCGACCUCCUCGCGCUGUCCCCUCAUCUCACCUCGUUAAACUUGAGCCGGUGCCCUAACAUGGAUGCGCAGGGAAUUCUCAGUCUUUCGUCUGCGGUGCUCCGCCAUGGAAAUCGGCUUGCUCUGAAGGAGCUUCGGCUAUCUGGCCUGCAGGAUGUUCUGGAUAUAGGUUACGCUCGUAAUCUGCACAACUCCGCUGUUGACGCAUUCAUCGCAUGCACCGAAGAGGACGAGAACAUUGAGACUGUCACGCUGACAGCACGUCAAGCAGGCCGGGAGUCAAGGGACGUGAAGAACUAUCGCCGACGUCUGACCUCGCUCCGACACAUUGUCUUGUCCUCAUGCGUAUUGCUUACUGAUAUAGCAUGUUCCCACCUCGCGCAUGCCGUUCCACGUUUGGAAAUCUUGGAAUUAGGAGGCAUAGGUAGCGAGCUCAAGGACGAGGGGCUUAUCCGGCUGUUGGAAACGACACCUCUUAUCAAGAAAAUCGAUCUAGAAGAUGCCUGCGAAAUUACUGAUGCUGUGAUCGCAGCCAUCACUCCGGCUCCGCUGACAGAUACGACCUUACAGCGUGGGGUUGUGUCGAAUGAAGCGCCACAGGCUGGACACGCUUUAGAACAUCUGGUGGUAUCAUAUGCUAGCAAUCUAAGCAACGAGGCCUUCAAGUCACUAAUAAGCAACUGUCCGCGCCUUCGAGUCUUGGAAGCAGAUAGUACAGCCAUGUCAGGGAGCGUGCUGAAGCAAUUCGUGCGGCUCACUCGCAGCCGGAAUAUGUGCAAUCCUACUGUGGUCGCUGUGGACUGUAGAGGAAUUGGGGAAAGUGUCGUUAAGGAACUCUCGGUCUCGACUCGUCCGAGGAGGGGCUGGAGGUCAUGGGAGGCGAGGAAGCUUGGUUAUCUCGAUGGGCGAGACGAGGAAGAGUUGAAAGUAGGACAGGACGAAUGUGACGAUAAGCGUGUCGUUCUCAAGUCGUUCUACUCGUGGCAGACGGUGGACGCUGUUCGUGCGGCACGAGAUCGACAACGUAAGUCGACGCGACGGGCCAGGAACGUUUCUGGGGGGGGUAGCGACACGGAAGAUGCUGUUCCUGCGUCUGGGAGAUCCGGGAUGCGAUGGUGGUCCCCAAGUGGAAGAAGGUCCUCUGGCAACACCUCACCUACGACUGGAGAUGCAAACGAUCGGGACGGCUGUACCAUCAUGUGA